UACCUAGACAUACUCCGAAAAGUCCAAGCGAACGGCCAGUCAGUGCGGCCUCGGUUUGACACAGCACGCACAGAUAGAAUGCCCGAUUUCUGUGCAACGUUCGUAUCGUUCCCCAUCGAAUUGGACAUGACGCCCGUCGGGUAUCGGCGUCCGGGAUCUGCUUUGCGGAUGCGUGUCGUCUGUCUGCUGACAGCUGAGGGAUGUUGACACCACUUAUAAACAGAGCCGACCGGGGUUUACGUGCGAAUCAUCCCAAUUUGAGUGGCCGAUUUUGUAGCUGGUCCGGGCUCCGCGUAGGCUGAUUCCCCUUGACUCUCCCAGCCCAUGUGUCCACGACAUCGAUGGCGAUGCAGUGCGCCAGCCGACAUUCGGGAACUGAAGACAACAGGCAUCGGGUAUCGAGGUAUGGAAUCCAAGAUAAGCGAGUUUACUUCGUCGGGGUCCCCACCCGGAAAACAGUGGGGAUGGAAGGUUUUGGUCGAGUCUCACCGACUAGGAAACGGAGGGCGAACCCUGAGGUUGCUGUGGACAAACCGCAGGCCAGUCGCGUUUCAAAGACAUACAAAAUUACAAACGCCUGAGGUCAAGUCAACCAGCACAAGAAUAAUGGCAGGUCUUUACUUGCUAAAAAGGUUCCGAUUUCCUCGUCCUCGCAAAACGAAUCCCUCCGUACAACGUUUCGCCACAAGCUCUCACCUGACGGCCGCAAAGGUCGGUCAUUACAUACAAGCACCCAACGUUUCGACCAGCCAGGUCAGCGCGAGCAGGUGUCCGCAAACACCAAUCACCGCCAACGGAAUUCACAGUGUCAUCCGUCUCAGAUAUCCAUUGUUACAUACCAGGAAGAAGUGGAGGACCACAUGCCAUGAUUCCCCUUCAUCAAAAGCCGGCAACAUGACGAAGGAACGCCGAACGCUUUCCCCGAUGCAGGGAGACCCCGAUCCAAUCCCUGAACGUUGCAUCCUGGCAACGUUCUCGGGCGCCAAGCCAGGCACUUCAACGUCUUUGGUGACCGAGCACGCCGCGCUCGAACCGAGCCGCGGUGCCGGUCUCUGGCGCGGCCCAACAUCCUUGCCUUAACAACAGACAGAACAGAAAGGCGAGGCCUCAGAAGGUCUUCACCUCGGCGCGUGAAGACACGGAGGCGAGACCCAGCGGCCCU